AACACCUGUUUUGGCGCGGGUCGUUUUCCAGGGUGCUGAACUUUGUCGAUGAGCCACCACAAUGAGGAGACAGGAGAACCAGCAGCCCAGGCAAACAGCAGGCUGCAUGUCUGUGCCGCUGUUCAACCAGAAGAAGAGAAGCAGAGUUCCUCUGACCUCUGCUCCCUCUGAGAAUGAAUUCUUCUCCCACAGUGAAUACAAUGCAAGCAGCAGCUCAGCUGCACCUCACAGUUCUUCAGGUACAUUUGGAUGUUACCAGGCCUCAGGUCCGGCCUCUAGUGCUGCACAAAGCACCCAGUGGAAAAGGCAGGACGUCCCACAAUCUGCUCCACCCCCGCAGUACGUCAGCAACAGACCUGCUCCGGGCCCUUCUCCUACAAUCAGAGCCUUUAAACCCAUAGCUCAUCCAUACAAAGUUGGAGGCACAAGCUCUCAGGUGGGACAGCCCAGCAACCCAGGGCGACCGCAGGAGUUCAGCCCUGGUGUUAACUCCACACAGAGCAAAUUUAAAGAUCCCCACUUCAGCGAGAGUGCACCAAUGAAGCCAACACCCCAUUCUGGGUUCUCUCCGAUGGCUCAGCAGUCAUCCUACAGACAGCUCACUCUUAACAAUCAGUAUCCCAUGCAGCCCAGACCUCUGGCUGCUCCUGUGCCCCCCCCCAGCAGGCCCUCUGCUCCCCUUGCAGUGCAGCCACAAAACAAAUCCUGGAACUUUACCAACAGCUUCGGCCCGCAGAGACUUCCCUUUGAGGGAAACAGCAGCACAAUUAAAUCUCAGGCUGCACGACAAACUCACAACCAGCAGGAGAAAUUUGCACAGAAGCCGGCCUUCGAGACCUCACUGAGGAUCCUGACUUCAGUCAUUAAUGGCAUGAGACACUGGAGCCAGUUUAAAGACAAAGUCCCGUACUUAUUUGAGAUAUUUGCUACUCUCGACUCUGCGGUCACACUGGGUCGCCACGGAUCCAAGAACUUCCUCAUGAGAGACGGGAAGGCGGUGGUGCAGUGUGUCUUCUACGAAACU